AUGAAACCGGGGGCGAAGGUCAAUGAUUGCUACAAUAACAAUAACAAAGAAAUGUCAAAAAAAGUUCAAAUUCAGCUGAAAAUGAAUGCAAAACUGGCCGUCCCAUGUGCAUAUCUUCAAAAAGCAUUUUCUUUUUCUUCAAGUUUGAGGGAGAAUCACGAGGAAAAAAUUUGGAAAAUUAUGAAAAACAUUUUCAUCUUUAAUUUUCCUUAA